CCUAUUAUUAAUAUUCUUUUGUCGUUUGGCUGACAUUCAAAAAAUAUUUUUUUUCCCCAAUCAAAACAAUAUGUUUUGAAUGAUUUUGAAAAGACACACUAUGGCAGUGGGGUAGACUCAUAACUCAUUUAUGCAACACUUCCUUUUCCUUCAUUCUCCCCUUGCUCCUUCCCGCUUCAGCAGCUUCUUCUUCCUUCCUCCUCCCUUCUCUCUAGCCAUCGUCGAAAGCUCGCCGGCGCCAUUUUUCGUCGCAACCAUCUCGGGAAUCGCUAGAUUCUCACCUCGCUUCUGACCGAUAGCCUUCUCGCCCCCAUAAUCUAGUGCAUUCUCGCUCCCCCUGUCGCCGCUUCUCACAUUUUUGCCUCGCCGUUCGGGUAAGCAUGUUUCCCAAGCUCAUUUCCUGUUGCUCAUGGAUAUCGCUUUGCUCUGUAUUUUUUUGUUUGUUUCAUUUUCCAUCUACUUUUUUGGCGGUUACGGUGGUUACGGCGGCGGCUUCUGCUGCUCAUGGUUUUCGUUUUCCUAGUGCUUUGGCGUUGGCCGUUGAGUAACUCGUGUAGUUAGUUAGGGUUUCUGCUUCGCUAGAAGUGGUAACCGCUCGAGGAUUUUUAUUUUGCUUUUUGCUUACAGAUGAUUGCGAGAAUGAUCGGGGGAGAAAACAGCGAAAACGAAAUAGAAUCGGAGACAGAUGGAGAACAGGAAGAACCGGAGGAGGUAUACCAUUGUCAAGACGCGGAGUUCAGCGAUUUUGAGAAGGAAAAAGCUGAACACUGCUUUGGUGUGAAUCAAACUUGGGCUCUAUACGCGAACCAGGAUUGUAUGCCGAGAUUCUAUGCUCGCGUCACGAAACUGCUUUCUCCGGGGUUCAAGCUCGAGAUAACAUGGCUUGAGCCUUGUCCAAAUAAGAAAGCGGAGCAAGAUUGGGUUGAUGGAGAUUUGCCUAUCUCGUGUGGUAGAUUCGAGUUGGGGGACACUGAAGAAGUCGUGGAUGCUCAGAUAUUUUCGCAUCAAGUGGAUUGUAGAAGGGGAAAGUGCCAGGGCACUUAUGUAGUCUACCCAAAGAAAGGGGAGACUUGGGCUCUGUUCAGGGAUUGGGAUAUGAAAUGGGGAUGUGAACCAGAAAGACAUAGGCCACCAUACAAGUUUGUUCUCGUUGCAAUCAUAUCGGAUUUUAGGGAAGGAGUUGGUGUUAAGGUUGCUUGUCUGAGGAAAGUGAAAGGUUUUAUUUCCAUCUUUCAUCAAUUGGGUGAUAGUAAGGUUAAUAGCUCAUUUUGCAUACCUUCAGAUGAAAUGUACAGAUUUUCGCAUCAGAUUCCUUCCUGCAGAAUGACUGGGUUGGAAAGACAUGGUGUUCCUGUCGGGUCUUUUGAUCUUGAUCCUGCUUCAUUACCUAGAUGCAUUUUCGAGGUUGAUGGACAGGAAGAAGAGAAGGUUCUGGGUUAUAAACCGGAACCUGCGAGGGCAUCUGGGGAUCUCUUUCGGCCAAGCAAGAGUGAGAGUGAGACUGAAAAGCGGAGGAUUGUAUGUGGAUUGGCAGCAGUAGUACCAUUUAUCAAUGGAUCGAAUUCAUCAUUCCAGAUGAGGCAGAACAUUGGUUCUCGUAAGAAACGUUGCAGUACUACAUUCAGGGAUGAGAUUGAGCCAAGUAGAGCACCACCCAGGGAUAUGAGCAAGAGAAGUGCUAAGGUAACUGCAGGCACGGGUGUUGACAUUGAGAUUGCUGAGAAGCUUAUGACUGCUAGUGAAGGUGAGAACCAAGCCCAAACAAAUAGUUCCUCGAGUGAUUCUGUUAAGCCAAAGCAUUUGCUUGCCACGAUUGAAAGUUCCGCUGGUCACAUAGCAUUUGCAGGCAUGGGUGUUGACAUUAAGAUUUCUGAGAAGCUUAUGGCUGCUAGUAAAGAUGUGAACCAAGCCCAAACAAAUAGUUCCUCGAGUGAUUCUUCUAAGCCAAAUCAUUUGCAUGCCACGAUUGAAAGUUCUGCUGGUCACACAGCAUCUGAAAUUUCUCCAAAGCGAAAAGUCAUCCAUGAGGAGGAAAUUAAUUCUAAGAAACAAAGAUCUGAUGAUGAAGUUCACUUGGGUCAUGAUAAUCGUGUUAGUAAUGAGAUGUGGGGUCUUAAAGAGGAGCUGCGUUUUAAGGAGGCAGAGUUAGCUAUGCUGGGUGAAAGAAUUAAGGAUUAUAAGACGGAGCUAGAAAGAACCCUGCUCUCCCUUCAGGGAAGACAAGUAGAGCUUGCUGAAAAAGAACGUUGUCUGCAUUCCGUUGAGGAGUUGAUUACAGAAACCAACCUAAAACUUGAGGACAGAGAGAAUCAGUACAAGGCAGUAAGAAGGUCUGUUGCUCAGAUUUCGGUGGAGCUCCGCUCUAAUGAGAAGCAUCUUGAGUCCCUUGAGCGGUCUAUUCGUGAUUCCAUGGCAAAAGAGAAGGCACUCUAUUAUGUCAAUGAUGAAAUGAAGGAGUGCUGUCAAAUUCUUACCUUCAAAGAGAGGGAAUUGAAAGAUAUACGAAAGACCAUUGAAGCUAAAAACAAAGUUCUUGAUGUGAAAUGGAAGCUACUAAAGGAAAUCAAAUCGAAGAUUGCACUUACCACUGAAGAGCUCAAAUCAAAGGAAGAACAUUUGAAACAUGUCGAAGAUUCAACGGUAAAGCUGGAGCGGAAACUGAAACAAUAUCAAGCGUUUGGAACAGAUCAACUUUUGGAUGCAGGUAACGCUAGAGAUCUGCAGUUGCUCCUGGGUGAGCAUAUUCGGAAGAAUGAUAUACUCCAAAGUAAAAUCUCUUCUGUGAUUCAAAACUCAAUCGAGCCUGCAAAGUUGGUAUUAGAAGCAAUGAAUGGCUUCCAUCGUCCGGCUUCGCAGAACAGAGAUAUGGACUAUGAUUUAUCUGUCACAAGGAGAAGCUGCAUUACUCUGCUGGAACACUUGCUGGAAAUCAGACCAUGGAUUACAGAUGAUGUGAGAGGAGAGGCAAUGAAGCUAGCUAAGGAAUGGAAGGCAAGAAUGAUGAUGAAGCCAGCAACUUCACUGGAGAUCCUGGGCCUGUUGCAGCUCAUAUCUGCUUUCGGUUUGGCCUCUGAUUUUGGUGUUGGCGAAGUUCGACAGCUUGUAAGUAGUGGUCAUCCUCAACAAGGGAACGGAAGUGAAACAUGGCGAUCUCUUGGGAUUAUGGAUGACUUAGCUGUUGCUGCAGGCGCAUUCAUAGUGGAGUGAUUUUGGAGAUGUUAACAACCUCACUGCCCCAACUUGAGUUUCGAGCUAUGAUAAGAGAAAGUACACAGGUACAUUUAUUCUUCCUCACUCUCAACCUGCAACUGCAAAACUGCUCAUCCCUUCUUCCAGCUUUACUAUUAGGGAGCUUCGUUUACAGGGCAAAGAGGCUCUCUGUGCCUUUUGUGGAUUGGAAAUUCUCUCAAUUCUCGAAUCCAUUGCCUUUCUCUUUUCUUGCAGGAGAGACGGCUUUACCUCAGGAGUCUCUAUUCUAGCUAAGUUUUAAGUAACUAUAGAAAUGCGAACCUCUGUCAAUUCAACUUUGAAAAUUUGGAAGACUUGAAAAAAGAAGAUUGAAAAAACUGCGUUAACAAAUUGGCUACCAGAUACUGGAGUUAUGGAAGGAAUGACUUAAACAGAUAGAAUUUAUAAUUGAUGUGGACAGAGGUUUCCUUCGAGGGCAAGGCUUUAGAGUGCACCUCCUAAAGUGGAUGGCUCUCAUGAACUAUUGUACAUUUCAACCUGACACAUGCUAGACCUUGAGCAAGCAAGCCUGGCCUGCCCAAGGUGGCGGUACCGACUUGCUAGGUCAGCUGAGAACCUUAAGCACUAGUGCAAUUGAUAAACUGUCUUGAAUUGU